AUGAAAAAAUUCAGCAAAUUAAUAAUAUUUCAAUUACAAAUUCUAAACUAUCUAGUUCAUUCCCAACAAUAUUUUUCACAAUCAAAAUGUGAAAACAACGGAAAAAUUCAUGAAUUUUUGGUUCUAUCUGAAUUACCACAGGAAGCCGAAAAAUCAGUUUGCGUGGAAUUUUAUGAAUCUGAGUUGGAGAAUGUUUUGAAGGAUUUGAUAAAAUCUGAAGUGAUGAGGAAGUUUAGACAGGAGAAUCGGGUGAAAUUGGAAAAAGUGAUCGGGGAAAAUUAUGCGAUUUAUAUUGCUUUCAGAAGGUAGGUUUCAAUUUUUGAGAAAAAGUUAGGCUAAGUCUACUUUUUCUAGAAAAAAUCCCUUGAAAACCACAACAAUUGAAAUCGCAGUUUCCAACGAUGAAUCUCGUUAUUUCGCCAGAAUCGAAAUCUUCCCCGACUUCAAAGUCAAAUUAUCAUCGCACACUGAAAUGAACGUUCAGCCAGUUAUAUCUCAAAUCUCAAAGCCUUCGGAUUAUUUUCAAAUUCAAAUUCGAUUUGUUGACGGAAGGGUGAAAUUAACAAAUAUUCUUGGAAGCGAGCCAGAUCUUAUUGCUGAAAUUUCGCUUUCAUUGAAAUCCAAAUUUCAAUCGGAUUUGGUGAAAAUGGAGAAUUUGAAUGUUUUUGAGAUGGUUUAUCAUGAGUUAGUUGUUUGUUUCUAGAAACAUUUGGAAUUUUUGGUUUUUUUUAGAAAUUGUGGCUUGAAAAACACCUAUGAAGUAAGCAAAACGAUAAAACGAGAAACAUCAAAAGAAGCUAGAGAUUUUGAAAGAUCAACAAUCGAACUAUGGAAUUCAGAAACUCAAAUGAACUAUUUGAGUUUAAAAAAAACUACAGAUUGGGUUGAAACUUUAAUGUUUCAUGUUUUCAACCGAAAAGAAAAUGCUGUGGAUUUCAGAAUUCGAUAUAUUUCGGAACUUAAAAAGAAAAAAGUGAGAGGAAAAGAAAAUCUAACCAGCUAUGAUUAUGAACUCAAAGACAACACGAUAUUUCUCGAAAAAAUGUGGUGGAAAUGGGUUCACUCAAAUCCCUUUGGUUCUUUCGAAAAGAAAUUUGAAAAAGAGGAGCCGGUGGAGAUUUUGCAGAAUUUUACCGGAGUUACGUUGUAUUUGUCUCCAGAAAUGUCUCCAAAGCAGAAAUAUCCCGUGCAAAAUUCGGAAUUGCAAAUCACCAAUCAAACAAUUUUGAAGAAAACUGAUCAUCCUUGUGGCGGUCAAGAUAGAUGUGAAUUUGAGGCGCAGCGAGUUGAGAUAACUUCAAAAUCGUCAAUUUCGGGAUUUCGAUUUUUUAACGAAACUGAUUAUUUGGCCAAAUAUUGCUUUGUUAUCGGGCCAAAGUCAUUUUUCCAAGAAACUCUGAGAUUCUAUAAUAAUUGCACAGCUAUUGAGAAACCUUGGAGUUUCUGUUCAACUUCUCCGGAUCUCAAAAAUCAUGUGGAAAUAUCAAAAAUUUCAAGGAAAACUGUAUUGAGAGAAGAUAAGGAAAACUGUUGUGGAAAUUUUCGUUUCACCAGAAAUCAACAUACAAUCUGCAAAAUCUACACCUUCCACUUCAAAACCAAUCAUUCAUUCACGAUCAGAAUAUACAGUUUCAGAGAUAUUUUCAGCCAGUAA